AUGUCUCUCGGCCCGACUGCGAGAGCCAGCGACAGAGGGAGCGGCCAGGUGUUCGCCUUCCUUUUACUGAUAUUCGCCAGCCUCGGAUUCGGACUAAGCCAGGUCUUCAGCAAGAUGGUUGCCGACAGCAUGGACAUCUGGACACUGUUCUUCUGGAGAGCCCUGGGCAAUGGCGCAGCCUGCGUGGCGUUCACCAUCAGGCCGAGUGGCAUGGGCGACCUAUUGAGAACCCUGCGGAGACCCACAUCGGUUGGACUGAUCCUGUUUACCGAAGGCGCGCUGGUGUUCGUCGCUCUCGCCUUCUUACUGGGAGCGAUCUAUUCAGGCCCCGUCUCGCUUGUGUCUACGGUCAUGGCAACGAGACCCUUGUUCGUAUUCGCACUUGGCAUAGUGUUAAGCGUCGGCGUCUCAAACGUGCUGAACGAGCCGCUUGAACGCAAAAUACUCGUAAUCAAGACGCUGUCAAUAGUGAUGACCGUCGGCGGCGUCGCCGUCGUAACACUGGCUACUAAAAGCCGGUAA